AUGGCACGUGUUGGGAAUUCUGAUGUCGUUGAGCUGGCGACUCACGAUAGCGUCCCUAUAGACACCCCCAAGGCCUCCAACGCCACUAUGCCAGAGAGUGAGAUUUUUGACAACGCGAAGUCGGCAACCGACAAGGAGCAUCGUAUGACCCUACUGCAGGGUCUCAGGCUCUACCCGAAAGCUGUUGCAUGGAGUGUUCUCAUCUCAACAUGUAUUGUCAUGGAAGGCUAUGAUAUUUGCUUGGUGAACAAUUUCUACGCUUUCCCGCAGUGGAACCGAAAGUAUGGUGUUCAGUUGGAGGAUGGUACAUAUCAAGUUCCUGCUCGGUGGCAAGCGGCUCUUAGUAACGGUGCAGUCGUUGGCGAAAUUAUAGGCUUAUUCAUUAACGGCUGGGCCUCAGAACGUUUCGGCUACCGGUACACAAUUUUGACCUGCCUCUUCUUCCUUUCCGGGUUCGUCACCAUCUUCUUCACUGCAGCUCAUGUGGAGGCUCUGCUGGUAGCAGAGAUGCUCUGUGGGAUUCCUUGGGGCGUCUUCCAGACUCUAUGCAUCACCUACGCUUCCGAAGUCUGUCCUGUUGCUCUACGGAGUUAUCUCACGACUUACGUCAAUUUCUGCUGGGGUCUUGGACAACUGAUUGGGAUUGGUGUUCUCAAGGCCAUGCUGCCUAGACCUGACGAAUGGUCGUACCGUAUCCCGUACGCAUUGCAAUGGAUGUGGCCGGCCCCACUAGCCUUGGCAAUACUCUUGGCGCCGGAGUCACCGUGGUGGUUGGUGAGAACGGGCAGGAUCGACGAAGCGAAACGUGCACUCCUACGCUUGACCAGUUUGAACCGGGAGACGGACUUUGAUGCGGACGAAACUAUUGCCAUGAUUGUCCAUACUACGGCUUUGGAAGAGAAAAUCACCCGCGGUGCCACCUAUCUCGACUGCUUUAAAGGCUUUGACUUACGCCGGACGGAAAUCGUCUGUAUGGUUUGGGCCAUCCAGAAUCUAAGUGGGAAUUCCUUCUCGAACUAUUCUACAUAUUUCCUCGAACAGGCAGGCGUAUCGACUACACAUGCAUAUUCUUUCGCUAUGGGACAGUAUGGAAUCAAUAUGAUAGGUGUUUUUGGCGCAUGGUUCCUCAUGACAUUAGGCAUUGGGCGAAGAACACUCUACCUGCUUGGCCUUAGUGGUCUCUCCUCCAUGCUGCUGAUCAUGGGCUUCCUUGGCCUUGUUCCUGAGAGAAACCGCGAUAAGGGCUCCCUUGCCACUGGUUCUAUGAUGCUUGUUUGGGCCCUGAUCUACCAACUCUCGGUUGGAACGGUUUGCUACUCGCUCGUCAGCGAAAUCUCCAGCCGUCGUCUACAAAUAAAAACUGUUGUACUAGGACGAAUUUUGUAUAACGUAGCAGCCAUCGUAUGCAAUGUACUCACUCCCUAUAUGUUAAAUCCUAGUGCAUGGAACUGGGGCAAUUACACUGGAUUUUUCUGGGGCGGUAUAUGCUUUUGUUGUAUCAUUUACACUUACUUCCGUAUCCCGGAGCCGCAGGGCCGGUCCUUUGCGGAAUUGGAUGUGCUGUUCGAGCAUCGGAUUAGUGCGAGGAACUUCGCUCGCACGAAGGUAAAUGUCUUUGAGGAGGAGGUGAAGGAUGAAGUCCUUACUACCUAUCAGCAGGUGUCUUUGGGUCACACCAUCGUACAGCACAAGGAUGAGGAGAAAAGCAGCACGUAG